AUGAACGGCAUGGAGAGGCAUGGUCAUGGACAUGGACAUUCACAUGCGCACUCGCAUCGUCAUCGCCAUUCCCAUGGCAGUUCUCAGAGCACGUCGCAGAAUUCAAGUCAGCCAUCAUCAAAACAUGGUCAUGGCCAUGUGACACAUUCGCAGAAAGAUACCGCUGCACCACCGCCAACUCUAAAAACCCAGAGAAACUUCAAGUUAUUAGUCGACCCGUUUUUAGUUAAGGGAGCUACGAGACUAUGUAGGUAUGAUGGGACUGUCCCAGGAGAUCCAACAUAUCCACAGGUUCAGCCUCGUGAUCCCAGAUCACAAUUGACAAGGAUUUGGACUCGACUUGAACAGUUAGAUUUACCCGUACCUAGAUUUAAAAUUGACUCCAAUUAUUGUGGAGAGCCUCCACCGCUGGAAGUGACGUUUUGUCAUUUAAAUGACAAUAUUGAUAAGACAUUCUUGUCAAACAUGGUUCAAAAAUUUGGAUCUAUAGAAGAGCUUACUAUUUAUUACCAUCCGAUAACCAGUAAGCAUCUUGGCAUAGCAAGAGUGGUAUUUGAAUCAACCAAGGCUUCCAAAGCCUGUGUAGAAAAGUUGAAUAAUACUUCUGUGAUGGGGAAAGUGUUAAGGGUAUUUUUGGAUCCCUUUGGGGAAGAGUGCAAGAAGAUGUUUGAGGAGUUAACCGUGGAAAAGAAACCUGAGAAGAAAGUAGAGAAAGAGGUAACAAAACCGGAAUCUGAGCAAGAGAAACAUCAGACACCGGUGGACAAGGUUUUACCUGAGGAAAGGGAUGAUUUUAGAAAUAGUAAAAAAACUAUUUUAAAUAUAGACAAAAACAGAGAACCAUAUGUAGAAAAUUCAAGAUAUAACAAAUACAGAGACUAUCCUACACCAAGCGGUAGUACAGGUAGUGAUUUGGGUUAUGGAACAGCGCCGAGCGAACUGAAUUAUUCUAGUAAUUAUUCUCAAAAUUCUACUCCAGCCACAAAUUAUGACUUUUACUAUAGUAGUUAUCACCAUCAACCCCCAAAUAGCUACUUAGCUGGCAUCCCUCAGAAUGUAUCGCAGAAUAUACCAAUUCAACAGAAUUCGAACGUAUGGUGGGGUGGUAAUUCUGGAUCAGCGGGAUAUUCUGGCUCUGCUUCCGUCUGGCCAAUUCAACCACACGCGACAAAUUUGGAUGGUGCUAGUACUAACGUGAUACCAAUUAAUAAUAAGACUUCCAGUGUGAAAGUGCAUCACACUCCUAAAAAGGAGAAAGAGAAUCAGAUCACAGUAAAGAGCACAGCGCGUGAUUCUCCUGAUGAAACUCGUAAAACACUAGAUUUAGACACAAGAAUCGCUAUGUUACUGAAGGAUAAAGCAGGCGGGAUGGCACCUCCUUUUUUACAAUUUGGCAGCGAUUCGGAAGAUGACAAGAAAUCUCAACACGGUGACAAUGAGAUGCUAUCGGAGCCUCCCAGUCCCUUCUUGUCACAUGAGAUAUACAAACAGUGUUUUGACAAGAUGAUAGAGAGGAACAAAGAACGAAGGAAAGCUCACGAGAAUAGCAUUAGUCAUUUUUCUGUGGACGAAGAUUUGGGGAGCGUUAUAAGUUCCAGUGAAGACGAAGCACUGUUAGGAAGUUAUAGUCCAGCACCAGAUGACAAUGAACCAGAACCACCUAAAGAACCACCUCCACCUCCACCACCUGAUGACGAUAGAAUGUCUCUGAGUCCUUUAAGUUCGGGAGAUGAAAAAAUUGAAGAAGUAAUAGCACAGACUGAACCUUCGAAUCAACUGUAUCCAACGAAUAGUUAUCCAGGACAUUUAACUCACUAUCCUUCAAAUGAUAUUUAUAAUUGGCCACGACCAACGCAGUAUCCUUAUCCUUAUGGAACGACUUACUUGCAGAGUCAUUAUCAACCUGCCACAGCAUCCUUUUCGGCAACCAUUGGAAAUCAAGGAACAAAUUAUUACUCCUCUUUUCAGUCGCGGUUACAUGCUAUGGCAAAUUAUAAUAUCACAAAAGAUCCACAGGGACCUACUAUCAAUGGGGUAUUGAGCAGAGUUGUAAAUGAACUAAAGCAGAUUCUAAAGAAAGAUUUUAAUAAAAAAAUGAUAGAAAACACAGCAUUUAAAUUAUUUGAAGUUUGGUGGGACGAAAAGAAAUCGGAGAAAAUUCCAACUCAAGGUAGUGGCGAAAAUAUUAUUGUUAAUAACACGACAAAGGAGGAUGUGAAAACGCAAGGAUUGUCAUCUUUAUUGGAACAAGCGACACCUUUAGGAUUUAACUAUGAUGGUUUCGGUUUGGGUAUUAGAGCUAGUAUGCCAAAGAUGCCUUCAUUUAGGCGCAAGAUCAAAGCUCCAAGCCCAUUACCACAGGACGAGGACAGCCGCCAAUCAGGUCAUGCUGAUGUAGAAACUAUUGAAAGUGAUAGUGAUUUGGAUGUACCACCUGUACAAAAAACCAAGAAACCAAUAACCUCUCUUCCAACCAUUUCUUCUUCGUCUACUACAUCUUCAUCGGUUGAAAGUAGCAGCGAGGAAAUUAGUUCCAGCGAAUCUUCCGAUAGUUCAAAUGAAAGUUCUGACGAAGAAGUUUGCUUUGAGGAUGAGCAAGAUACAGAUAGUCGAAUGUCCGAUCAGAGGCCUUUGGCUUGUAAUAGUGAAGAUCCUGAUAUAUUGAUGGAACUCGCGAUUCAAAGGUCUUUGGAUUGUCCCACGCCGACCGGCAGAGAAACGCCGGUGCCGGAUAUCAAAAUUAAAGAUCAAAAUUCGAACGAAUUUCCGCAGAUUGAUGAUGAUAAUAAUUUGAGCAGUCCGUUAGCUUCUGUGAGAUACGAAAAUGUCAAAGAAGAGGAAAGUAUUUCCGAGAAAUUACCCGUAACAGAAGAAAAGCCGUUCGUAUGUAGAACCUUGGACAAAGAGGUGAAAGAUCUAUCGAGAGUCAGCGAGGAUAAGGAAACACAAAUCGAAACGAAACCUACACCGAUAGUAAUAACAUCGGCAAUAAAAGAGGAGAUACUACCAGAUAUGCAGAAAAUGGAGAACUCUGCUGCUGAAGCUUUAAUGACUUUAGCUGGACGAGAUAAUAUUAUCCGGCAUAGGAGUCCAGGUCCUAUACAGCCUAAUAUUAUCAGGGCAUUGCAGACAAUGUCAGCCAAAUACAUCAAUAACGAACCUAUCCUGAAGGAGAAUGAGAAGAUCGAAAUGUUCAGCGAAAUUCCUACAACUGACUCGGAAGAAGAGAGCUUAGAAAUUAGAAGACUAAGGUACCAAGCAGAGACUGAGCUUCGAUUAAAUGGACAGCGAACACCGAGUUCACCUGGUUCGCAGGCUUCGCAAGUGUACAUGGAGCAUUCGUAUUCGUUGCCCCCUGCACAACCGGAGCCUGUGGAACCAGUGAUACGUGUACCGCCAGCCUCGGUCAAAGUAAAACAUCCGAAGAUCGUUAAAUUGACGAAAUCGAAGGACAAUGCUCAUAAAAUGGAAAAACAGAAAUCCAAGAAAUAUACAAAAGUGCAUAGCAGUCAUCAGAAUCAUGUGGGAGAGAAGGAAAAUAUACGGAAUGAUUAUAUAUACAAGCUGCCUAAGCAGAUCUCCGAACCGACUGUCACGUACAAGGAACGAGAUCUUAUGUCAGAAAUGGCUAUUUUGUACGAAUUUUUGACUAGAGGAAUAGAUGCAGAGGAUGUAGAGUACUUGAGAAGGAGUUACGAAGCUCUAUUAGCGGAUGAUACGCAAGGUUACUGGUUGAACGACACACAUUGGGUCGAUCAUCCGCCGACGGAUAUACCGAGCCCUGCGAAAAAGAGAAAACGAGACGAGUUGCGGUUACAUGCAAGUGGAAGCGCUAGAACGGAAGGAUAUUAUAAAGUUGACAUCAGAGAAAAGGCUAAACACAAACAUCAUUAUGCUCAAAGCAUACAGCGCAGUAAUGACGUGGAAGAUAGCGGCGGCUCUUAUAUUGGAGGUGAUGGUGUAAUGAAUGGUCCAAAGAAUAAUUCUAAAGCAUUGACCGGCAAAAUGCAAGCGCUGUCACGUGAAGCACGCAGCAAUCAACGCCGGUUGUUAACAGCUUUCGGAAUCGAUACGGACAGUGAUCUUCUUAAGUUUAAUCAAUUAAAGUUCCGUAAAAAACAAUUAAAGUUUGCUAAGUCUGGUAUUCACGAUUGGGGUUUGUUUGCCAUGGAACCAAUUGCGGCCGAUGAAAUGGUUAUCGAAUAUGUUGGGCAAAUGGUUAGACCAGUUGUAGCCGAUCUACGAGAAGCUCAAUACGAAGCCACUGGAAUCGGCAGUUCUUACCUUUUCCGCAUCGAUUUAGAUACAAUUAUCGAUGCGACCAAGUGUGGUAAUUUGGCGAGGUUCAUAAAUCACAGUUGCAAUCCGAAUUGUUACGCAAAAGUAAUCACGAUCGAAAGCCAAAAGAAGAUCGUAAUCUACAGUAAACAACCGAUAGGAGUUAAUGAAGAAAUUACUUAUGAUUAUAAAUUCCCGUUGGAGGAUGACAAAAUCCCUUGCCUUUGUGGAGCUCCUCAGUGCCGGGGUACCCUCAACUGAAUUGUUCAUUCUUUUUCCUGUCUUCUACAUUUCGUCAUGUCCUACUCAUAUUUUUGUAAAUAUUUCCCCAUGUAAACAUUUUAUAAAAAUGCAAUGGAAAAUGCUAAAUUAUGUUAA